AAUCGUAUAAAUCCUCUGCCAAUCUAUAUUCCAAAUUCCAAGUGUUUAACGAUUUUCAUCGCACAAAUUGUUGUGGAUGGAAGCUCAAGUGGGGGUAUCUAGUCAUGGAGGAGUUGUGGAUGGCAGUACCGCGGUGAAGUUUUUGCAAAAGCAGCAGGUGGUGGCGCCGGCUACGGCAUCGGCUUCGUCGCCACGUCAUCAUCAACAGUCUGCGGAGAUAGGCACGGUACCGCAGCUUCUGGCGGGAGGUAUUGCGGGUGCUUUUAGCAAAACAUGUACGGCUCCGCUCGCACGCCUCACGAUUCUCUUUCAGGUGCAAGGUAUGCAUUCUGAGGUGGCACUGUUGAGCAGGCCUUGUAUAUGGAACGAGGCAUCACGUAUUGCUAAUGAAGAGGGUUUUAGAGCCUUUUGGAAAGGAAAUCUGGUUACUAUUGCUCAUCGCCUUCCUUAUACAGCAGUUAACUUCUAUGCCUAUGAGCAGUACAAAAAGUUGUUAAAGUCAAUUCCAAGUAUAGGAAAUAACAGCGAAAGUGCAGCUGCAGAUGCUUGUGUGCACUUCGUUGGCGGUGGAAUGUCGGGAAUAACAGCUGCUAUGGCCACUUAUCCUUUAGAUCUUGUCAGGACACGUCUUGCAGCGCAGAGAAGCACAAUAUACUAUCAGGGAAUCGGGCAUGCGCUCAGUACAAUUUGCAGAGAAGAGGGUUUUUUUGGCUUGUAUAAGGGACUUGGAGCAACCUUAUUGGGUGUUGGACCAAGUAUCGCGAUUAGCUUUUCUGUUUAUGAAAGCUUGCGGUCAUAUUGGAAAUCUCAAAGGCCAAACGAUUCCACUGUCAUGGUCAGUCUCACUUGUGGCAGUCUCUCAGGCAUUGCUUCUUCAACAGCAACUUUUCCUUUGGAUCUCGUGAGAAGGAGAAAGCAGUUGGAAGGAGUGGGUGGUCGGGCACGUGUUUACAAUACGGGGUUAGUUGGGACAUUCGGGCACAUCGUGCGCAGUGAAGGCUUUCGUGGUCUAUAUAGAGGCAUUCUUCCAGAGUUUUACAAAGUCGUCCCUGGUGUAGGAAUCGUUUUCAUGACAUACGAGACACUGAAGAAGCUUCUCUCGGAAGGGACUUUUUAGGUGACCAAGUUUCUGCAUUUGUUCUAUUUCUACCUUUUUAACGCUAGUAUCCGUACUACCUGUAGAUCUUCAAUUCUCUUCGCGCGAUGAACCAGUUCUUCGUUAGGAUAGAGAUCGGGAAAAAAAAUGUAUGGUUUUUGUAGGAGGUUACGGUAGCAGGCUAUGAGUUAAAUUUUUUUGGUGUAUAGGUGGUAGAUUCCGGAAAUGGUCAUCCCAAUUCCAAUAUAUUCUUCUGUUUCU